UUUGUCUUAACGGACCAAUUGACAAACACGACCUAAUCCCCAAUUCUAGCAAUUGGAACCCUAGAAAUCAAAAUUCCAAUCGAGAAUUCUCAAUUCCUCUCCGAUUGUUUGCCUCUGCUCUGCUCUGCCGUAAUGACGCGACAGAAGCAUCUUGCUUCCCGAAGUCCGCGAAAAAAACCACCGAAUUCCAUCGAGCCUUCUGGUGAGAUGUCUGCUUCUGCUGAGCAAUUGAAGGCUAAAUCGAAAGGUAAAUCAAAGGCUCGAUCGAAACAAAAGACACCAGAAGUAGCUGCCAAAGAUAAAGACGACGGUGGUACCACAGCUUGUUCAAUUCGUCGACCCAAGUCGCGACGGGUUGCUGCCAAAGACAAAGACGACACCGAACCAGAAGCUUGUUCAAUUCGUCCACCCAAGUCGCGACGGGUUCCUGCCAAUGACAAAGACGAAACAGAUGGUGAGAGUUUGAGUGGAGAUGACUGUGAGGUUGGUGGGGAUGAAGAUUUGGAUGAGGUUAGAUAUCCUGAUGAGCAAAAUGGUAACCAGUUAGGUGUAGUAGAAGAAGAGUGCCAUGAUUUUGAAGAACACUUUGGAGAGGCUGCAAGAGAUGAGGGUGAUGUUAGUGAUGCAGACAGUGGAGACGAUAUAUGGGAUGAAGAUAGGAUUCCAGAUCCUUUCUCAGAUAGUGAUCACGAUGAAGAUGAGGUCGAAGCUGAAACUGGAGAACAACAACCUGAAGAUCCUGAAGUGCUUCGGAAGUUGGGGCAUACAUAUAGUUCCCCAGAAGAGUUCAAGAUUGCUGUGUUGAGGUACUCUCUGAAAACGCGAUAUGAUAUUAAGUUGUAUAAGUCUCAGAGUUUGAAGGUUGGUGCUAAGUGUUCUGAUACGGAUGUGAAGUGUGGUUGGAGAUGUUAUUGCUCAUAUGAUAAGAAGAAACACAAGAUGCAAAUAAAGGUGUACGAAGACAAUCAUAUAUGUGUGAGAUCAGGUUACUCAAAGAUGCUAAAGAGAGGAACAAUUGCGUGGUUAUUUUCUGAGAGGUUGAGAAAGAAUCCUAAGAUAACCAAAUAUGAGAUGGUUGCAGAGAUCCAGAGAGAGUAUAACUUGACUGUCACUGAAGAACAGUGUUCGAAGGCAAAAACAAAGGUUAUGAGAGAAAGAAAAGCUAUUCAUGAGGAUCAUUUCUCUAAGAUUUGGGAUUAUCAAGCAGAGAUUUUCAGAAGUAAUUCAGGGACUAUAUUUGAGAUCGAGACAAUUCUAGGGCCAACCAUUGGUAGCUUGCAAAGGUUUAGCCGUCUCUUUAUUUGUUUUAAAUCACAAAAGAGUCUUGGAAACAUACAUGUAGGCCUAUAUUAGGAUUAGAUGGUGCUUUUCUUAAAUGGGAUGUUAAAGGGCAUCUAUUAGCUGCAACUGGGAGAGAUGGGGAUAAUAGAAUAGUUCCCAUUGCUUGGGUUGUGGUAGAGAUAGAGAAUGAUGAUAAUUGGGACUGGUUUGUGAGAUUGCUUGCUGUCCAUUUGGAUCUUCGAGAUGGAAGAAACACAUCAAUCAUCUCAGACAAACAGUCGGUUAGUAUCACAAUCUAACUUUUGUUUGCUUCUUUUAACUGUUUAAAGAAACUAAAUUUUGUAUAACUACUUUGCAGGGUUUAGUGAAAGCUAUCAAGAACAUCAUUCCAGCAGCUGAACAUCGUCAAUGUGCUAAACACAUCAUGGAGAACUGGAAGAAAAACAGUCAUGAUAUGGAGCUGCAACGUCUAUUCUGGAAGAUUGCAAGGAGCUACACCACAGGAGAAUAUGCAGCUAAUAUGGAGGCAUUGAAGGCUUACAAUCCAGGUGCAGCUGCUUCUCUGCUGAUCACAAAACCAAUGGAAUGGUCUAGAGCAUUCUUUAGAAUAGGAAGCUGCUGCAAUGAUAACUUGAACAACCUCAGUGAGUCCUUCAAUAGGACAAUCCGAAAAGCAAGGAGGAAACCUCUACUGGAUAUGCUAGAAGACAUUAGGCGACAAUGUAUGGUACGCAAUGAGAAGAGGUUUGUUAUUGCUGGGAGGCUGAAAACUAGGUUCACGAAGAGGGCACAUGCUGAAAUAGAGAAGAUGAUUGCAGGAGCCCAAUUUUGUGAAAGAAGCAUGGCUAGGCAUAAUAAACAUGAGAUACUACAUUUUGGUACCAACUAUUAUGUGGAUAUGAAUACCAAAACAUGUGGUUGCAGGAAAUGGCAAAUGACAGGUAUACCUUGUGUUCAUGUUGCCUCUGUUAUUAUUGGAAAGAGACAAAAAGUGGAAGACUAUGUGGAAGAUUGGUACACGACAAGGAUGUGGCAGCUAACUUACAAUGAUGGUAUUGCGCCAGUCCAAGGGAAGUUAUUGUGGCCUAGAGUGAAUAGGUUAGGUGUCUUGCCACCACCAUGGAGAAAAGGUAAUCCUGGGAGACCAAGCAACUAUGCUAGGAGAAAAAGCAGAUAUGAAAAAACCUCUUCAUCAACAAGAUUAUCACGCCUGAACCGCAUCAUCACGUGUUCAAAUUGUAAGGAAGAAGGACAUAACAAGGCAUCGUGUACAAAACAGAUGGUUGAGGAUGCGCCAAAAAGACCAAGGGGCAGACCAAGGAAAUUUCAGGAACCAAGGAAUGCUUUAUUUGGACAAGGCUUUCCACAAGUUUUUUCACAAGGAGAAAGAUCACAAGGAUCACAACCACAAGUUUCACAACAAGGAUCACAACCACAAGUUUCACAACAAGGAUCACAACCACAAGUUUCACAACAAGGAUCACAAGGAUCACAGCCACACGUUUCACAACAAGCACAACCAGGACCACAAGGCUGGAGAUCAUGGUUUGAAUGUUCAAGCUAGAACAUGGAUUGGUAGUUGGUUUGAAUGUUCAAGCUAGAUCAUGGUUUUAAUGUUCAAGCUAAGCACUAGAAACUCUCUUGUUUUUUUUUUUUUGCUCCGAUCUAGAACAUGUAUUGGUAUUUUGUAUUCGGAUUGACUUGUCUCUUUUGUAGUUUGAUAUUGGUUUGUCUUGUUUUAUGACAUGUUAUGCAUCUACUUUCAAUCA